GCGAGCUAGCCAUCCGGAAUUCGAAGUAUGUUGUUAUUCAAUCUCCCAAGUUAUCCCUCGCAAUGCCGAAGGCUUGUUCCUGUCGGUCAUCUCGGGGCAAAAAUGAUGCGAGUCAUCAUAUGAAAGGAGAAUUCUCUCCCUGUUUGGACUCAUGAUCAACAAUUUACAGGCCAGUAUUAAUCGCUUCCUUCCUUCACGAGCAAAUUCGAGAUGGCCGAAAUCGUCGCUCUCGCAUUCGAGCACUCCCCGUCCGGCCUCGGGAUCCAGCAUGACGCGCCCCGUCUCUCGUGGAAGCCUACUUGUUCGAACAAGAGCAUUCGCAAUUGGGUCCAAACCGCAUACGAGAUUGCCUUGAAAGCACCGGAAUGCCAUCCGGAGGACGAAGGACAGAUCUAUCGAGUGGACAGCCCCCAGUCGACGUGGGUGCCAUGGCCGGGCCCUCCGCUGCGCUCACGCGAACGUAAGCUGAUUCGCGUGCGCGCUCACGGCACCUGGACGGAAACGACAGGAGAUCAUGGUCUAGAAGCCAAAGAGCAUGCUGGCUGCACUGCGUGGUCGGCAUGGAGCCGGGUGGAGUGUGCUUUGCUCAGCCAGCAGGACUGGGCCGCCGUCCCGAUGGUUCACCCGGCGAUCGGAGGCGAGCAGACUCUCAGACCGGUCGUGUUCCGGAAGACCUUCGAGCUCCCUGCCGAUUUUGGGGCCGUGGAGCAAGCGAGACUCUACGUGACAGCGCUGGGGAUGUAUCGGGUCUAUCUGAAUGGGAAGCGGGUGGGGGACGACGAGUUGGCCCCGGGCUGGACGAGCUACCCCCAUCGUAUGGCGUACCGGACUCAUGAUGUCUCUGCCGGGAUCGCGGCUCGCAAUGUGCUGGGAGUGGAGGUGGCCGAGGGGUGGUAUGCAGGCCGCCUGGGGUUCAACGGUGGCAGGCGGUGCCUCUACGGCGACCAGAUCGGUGCGCUCGUUCAAUUGGAGAUCGUUGGCGCCCGGAAGGAUCACUUGUUGCAGGUCGUGUCGGACAGCAGUUGGAAAUGCAACUUCAGCCCCCUCGUGCGCAGUGAGAUCUAUGAUGGCGAGCUGUACGACAUGCGCGAGGAGCUGGGGGACUGGCACGGCGACCCCGACUACCAGGAGAUGACGACGACGACGGCGGCGGCGGCUUGGAAGCCGGUCGUGACGCUGGCUUUGCCAGAGGCAUCCUUGGUUGUCCCUCGAGCGCCCGCUGUCCGGGUUACACAGCAGGUUACAGCGCAGCGCUUGUUUACCACCCCUUCCGGGCGUUUGAUUCUCGAUUUCGGUCAGAAUCUGGUGGGUAAACUUCAUGUGCGGGAAUUGGGACUGUCCGCCAAUGCUGAGGUAGAUGGAUGGGACCCCCGGUUCUCAUCGCUCUCUUGGCAGGAGAAUAUCACCGCAUUAGUCUUGCACACAGACUUUGCUCCGACGGGGGAUUUUGAGUGCUCGAAUGAUACGAUCAACCAGCUGCAUCGCAACGCUCGGUGGAGCAUGCGAGGCAACUUUGUGUCCAUCCCAACUGAUUGCCCCCAACGGGACGAGCGGCUGGGCUGGACUGGUGAUAUCCAGGUCUUCAGCCCGUCGGCAACCUUCUUGUAUAACUGCGAAGGGAUGCUGGCCGACUGGAUGGAGGACGUAGCUGCAGAGCAGCAUGACGAUGGAGGAGUGCCUCCACUAGUCGUGCCGAAUGUGCUUCAGCACGUCUGGCCCCCGAUGCCGCAGGCUGUCUGGGACGAUGUGGUGAUCAUUCUGCCGUGGAAUCUGUACCAGGCCUCGGGUGAUGUGGAAAUCCUCCGGCGACAGUAUCCCAGUAUGAAGGCAUGGCUGGACCAGGGGGUUCGUCGGGGCGACGAUGGGCUGUGGGAUCCGGACCACUGGCAGCUCGGAGACUGGCUGGAUCCUCAGGCUCCUUCAGACGAGCCAGGAGAUGGGCGGACUAGCGGCGUGCUCGUGGCAGAUGCCUACUUGGUGCGCGUCACCAGAACCCUGGCACAGAUCAGUCGGCUUCUCGGGCAUGAAGCCGACUUUAUCCACUACCAGCAAGCAUCCGACCGACACCUCCAAGCCUUCCAUGCCAAGUAUGUGACUCCGAGCGGGUUAGUCGCCGGCGACUCCCAAACAGCAUAUGCUUUGGUCAUCGUCUUUGGCUUGGUAGAUUCCGAAACCCAACGCACAACCAUCAGCCGCCAGCUGUCGCGCCUGGUGCGUAUGGCCAAAUUCCGCGUGGCCACGGGGUUUGCCGGCACCCCCAUCAUCCUCCAGGCCCUCAGUGACAGCAACAAUCUGAGCCUAGCUUACCGGAUGCUACUCGAGGAUAAGUGUCCAUCGUGGCUUUAUCCUAUCAUGCAGGGGGCCACAACCAUCUGGGAACGAUGGGAUAGCCUGUUGCCGGAUGGGUCGAUCAACCCCGGCGAGAUGACCAGCUUUAAUCACUAUGCUUUGGGGUCUGUUGUUCAGUGGCUGCAUGAGACCGUCGGGGGCUUGGUCCCGCGCGAGCCCGGGUGGAAGGCUGUCCUUGUGUCUCCUCAACCGGGGGGGCCUUUAACCCACGCGGCGGUUUCGCAUGACUGCCCGUAUGGGCGCUGGUUCUGUCGAUGGGAGUUGAGCCCUUCGCAGGAUGAGGAUCGCGUGAAGGUGCUCGCGGUCGAGCUCGACGUGCCCCUGAAUGCAACGGCCAUCGUUCGACUGGGCUCUGAGACGGGGGAACAAAAGGUCGGGUCCGGGCAUUAUCGGUUCCAGGUCCCUUUCGUCCCUCAGCCCUAUCCGCCUGAGGCUAUUGCUCCAUUUAUCACUAACCCUGGUCAGGGUCUCUGA